GAAGUCUUGAGGCUUUAACACUUUCUGUGUCUUUAACCGUCUGUCAUAAUUCAGUCAGUAUGGAGCUCAGUAAACUUCCUCUCGUGCUCUUGUUGAUUUCACACAUUCACUCUGGACACACUGAAGAUAGAGUCCAGACAGUUUUAGGUGUUUCUCCACAGAAGUGGUUGGCUGAAGGAGAUCCAGUGACUCUGAUCUGUGAAGUUUACGGCAACUCUACAGGCUGGACAUUCAGCUGGUACACUCUAAAUGUUUCAUCAGACAACAGAUAUAAUUUUCAGCUGCUCUCAGACAGCAGCAGAGGAGCUGGAGGAAACUACACUGUCAGUUCUGCUGCUCUAAAACACACAGGAGUUUAUGUGUGCAGAGCAGAGAGUCGAGAACCAGCAUAUAACACAACCUACAGCAACACACAGCCAGUAUGGGUCAGUGGUAUUUCUCCUCGAGUCUCUCUGAUCAUCAGUCCCAGCAGAACUCAACACUUCACAUCUGUCUCUCUCUCUCUGAGCUGUGAGGACCAGAGUAACUCUAAUAGAUGGAGAGUGAAAAGAUACACGGAGAGUUUGGGUCUGGAAGAUUGUUCAUCAUCACUGUGGGUAUCACAAACAGGUUCUACGUGUACAUUCAUCUUUACCAGCAAAUCAGACACUGGAGUGUACUGGUGUCAGUCUGAAUCUGAAGAAAAAUAUGAUCCUGUUAAUAUCACUGUACACUUAGGUGUGAUUCUGGAGAGUCCUGUUCAUCCUGUGACUGAAGGAGAUACUCUGACUCUACGCUGUUUAUAUCAAAAUUCAACUCCAACAAACCUCAGAGCUGAUUUCUAUAAAGAUGGAUCACUCAUCCAGAAUCAAACUACAGAGAUGAUCAUCUCUAUUGUCUUAAAGUCACAUGAGGGUUUCUACUACUGCAAACACUCAGAGAGAGGAGAGUCACCCAAGAGCUGGAUCUCAGUCAGAGUGUUUCAUUCAGAAUCUCAGAUCUCGGUCCUCCACACACUCAGUUCUGUUCUGGCAGUUUGUCCAUAUCUGCUAGUGACAGUCGUGCUGAUUUUCAAAUGCUGCAGGAUGAGAGGUACAUGUUGAAGAUGAAGAAGCUUUAAUUUAAUCGGUUGUGACGGUAAAAAAACGUCAUCUUCAGAUAUUGACUGCAGUCAUUAUCAAAAGUGAAGAUGACGUUUAGGAUCGCUCUGUGUCUGCAUGAAAAACAUAAGUCAUUCCUGAUUCACGAUGAUUAACUUUUUGACAUCUCAUGGUUGUUAAAGUCAACAUGAACCUGAAUUACUAGCCCACUUGACCUUCAUUAAUUUCAGGUCUAUAUAGCAUACUUACAUACAUAAAUGUUGUGCAUGCGUACAGUGGAAAAUGAAAUCCUUAAACUAAAUUAUUAUUAUAAUUUUUUUUUUUUAAUGAAGCCUAGAUUAUAAUCCUAGUCAUGGUCUUUUUCAAAAGACAUUUAGACACUUUUUACUGAAUUAAAAGCAAGCAGUAAUGUAACUGAAUUUAAAGCAACAUUACAGAAGCUUACAUUUAUUUUAUAGAAAGUAAAUAUGCAGAAAUGCAAAAAUGUUGUCAGUGUUGCCAACUAAGAUGUUCUAAAAAGGCUAUUUAAACAUAGGAUACUACAUAAACAUCACGGGCUAAUACACAGUCUUUAACUUGAUUUUUAACUCUUUAUUGAUAUUUUUCUGCUCCUCUUCUUUGCAUCACUUAGAGCCUUGUGCCCCUGGUCAUUUUAAUUUUUCACUAAUGUUUUAGAAAUGCAGAGCCGGACAGUAACGGAGUAUAUUUACUUCAGUACAGUACUUAAGUACAAUUUUGAGGGAUCUGUACUUUACUCAAGUAUAAUUUUUGGGGAGUACUCAUGUACUCAAGUACAUUUGAGAGGCAAAUAUUUUACUCUUUACUCCGCUACACUUCUAUCCAUAACUGUAAGUACCCGUUAAUUUAUUGUUUACCUUUCAAACUUGAUCGGAUUGUGCAGGCGCCACUGAUUGGGACAGCCUAUCAGCAAUUACCUUCAGCUUUCCAACAAAGACUUCAUGAUAUUUGAUUGAAUUGAAGUACAGUACGCACACACACACACACACACACACAGAGGGCCCUAUAAUACACCCGACGCAAUGUGACGCAAAAAAAUAGGUGUGUUCAGGCACAUUGAUGGCACAAUGCUAUUUUAAGGAGCUGAAAACAGACUGGGCCAUAGACCAAGUCAAAUCUGGUCUAAAGUCUGGUGCACUGUUUUAUUAUUUGUUAUAUAAAGAGCGUACACGUGUCACAGUGUCUGGUUUGUGAAUGCCUACAUGUCAUAAUGGAUAGUCAUCGCAUGUAUCAGAAUUCAGCUCCAUUUCGUCUCGUAGACGCGUUCUGUCUUCUCGCUUGCCAAAUUCCACCUUGUAAAUAGCAAAUCCGUCAUGGCACGAGUGCAUCUGCGCCAUACGCUUUACACUUUGAGCUUAGAUCGUUAAAAUAGGGCCCAGAGAGUUGUCAAACAGAGGGCCCUAUUUUAACUAAUCUAAACGCAAAGCGUAAUAUGCAUGGCGCAGGUGCACUAAGGGCGUGUCCAAAUCCACUUUUGCUAUUUUAACGACAAUAAAACGGUCCGUGCGCCAGAGCACAUUUUUGGAAUGGGUUGUCCCUAUUCUGUUAAUAAGUAAUGGGCGUGACAUGGUGCCAUGGCGGAUGGCUAUUUUCAUGGCAGAAUCUGUUGGCGGAAAAGCUGAACGCUUCUCAAGUGAAGAAACCGAUCUGCUCAUGUGCGCAAGCAGAUCAUCUACGGGACAAGCAGGAAUCCAGCAAAGCUUUCCGAGGUGAAGAAGCACUCUAAAAAUGGCUGGGUUAAAAAUAACCCAAUUGGCAACCCAGCACUGGGUAAAUAUUGGACAGAACACGUGCUGGGUUAAAGUAACCCAGCAUGCUGGUCUACACAUUUUAACCCAGCAUGCUGGCUUAUUGAGAAAACCCAAGAUAGAGUCAUUUUUACCAUUUGUGGGUUUGCAUUUUUAUUAUUCUGGGUUAUUCUUGCUGGGUUAUUCUCAUAAUUUCACUUUUACUUAACAAAGCAAUCAUGGAUUAAUAAAUAAUGAAGAAUACAGGUUAUUUAGACUGUUAAAAAUAUGUUUAAUGCCAUCUGACAUUCAAAAACUUGUACCAAUGACAAACAACAUGGAAUUUUCCCUU